CUAUCAUCGCCAGCGGGUUCGUAGAUUAUUGAAAGCCUUUAUUGUCAUUGGAUUUGCAUAAUACGAAAUUUGGAAUCAUCUGCUUAACAGUGUUCUAACCCACUCCUGUUCUCUUAUCUUCUUCUCUCCUCAUCCUUUCCCCUUGUAGUCCGUAACCUUCGUCCACCUUUCACCACAUUCCACUUCUCUUCCGAGUUGGCCUUAGAUGGUAUGGCUUUUUGAACCAGGUCCGGUUAAGUCCUUGAUUUAGAGCACCUUAAGAGAAUGGUCAUUGAUGAUGGAGAUACAAAUAAUGAAUCGAAAACUAAAUAGUAAAAAAAAAAAAAUGUAUAAGCAUUUUAAGUAUAGAGCAGAAAGACAUACAAUAAAAGAAAAGGCAUUCCCUGAUCGCACACCUAUUCCGUAAUUUACGUAAAGCAUCUUUUCCAAAUGUAUCACUGCAGCGCCACCUUGAGCCAAAGAAGUCAAUGACAACCUUGACUUGGGUUGGGCAGCGAAUGAUGAUCUAUGCAGAAAGCCACAUCGGGAAUAUAUGCCUGACUGCCGCAAAAAACGGAAAGGGACACAACACGGUGAAACUUCUCAUGAACUAAGAUGACGUAGAGGUCAAGGGUCAGAUGUGAGUGCCACCUAGCCGCGCAGAGAUGAGUCUGACGACCUGGUUCCUGGUGAGCAGCGGGGGCACCCGCCACCGGCUGCCCCGUGAGAUGAUCUUCGUAGGCCGAGACGACUGCGAACUUAUGCUCCAGUCUCGCAGUGUUGAUAAACAGCACGCUGUCAUCAACUAUGACCCUGCCACGGACGAGCACAGAGUGAAGGACUUGGGCAGCCUUAAUGGAACGUUUGUGAAUGAUGAAAGAGUACAGGAGCAGAUCUACACCACUCUGAAGAUCGAUGACAAACUGAGGUUUGGCUAUGAUACCAACCUCUUCACCGUGGUCCGGGGGGAGCUGCACGUCCCGGAGGAGGCCCUAAAGCAUGAGAAAUUCACCAGUCAGCUCCAGCUGGCCAAGAAGCCAGUAGGGACGGCAGAAAGUUCCAGAACUGCAGAACCUAAAGGUGCCGAGGGGAACAACGAGAGCCCAGCCAAACCUCCAGAAGCACCCAAAGGAGACGACAAGGCAGCAGCUGAUUUAGCCGUGCAGCAUAGGGGGACCCCUCUCUACGGGCAGCCAUCUUGGUGGGGGGAUGGUGAUGCCGACGAUGAGAACUCAGUGAAGCAGGAUAACAAGCCCUCAGAUCCUAAACAAGCCAGAUGUGAACCAGAUGCUAAAGAUGCUAAAGAUGCUAACAAACCCGGAGUGGUUCAGGGACCCAGCCAAGAUCCAGGGCCGGAGCCCAGCUACUUUGAGAUCCCCUCCAAAGAGGCGCCCACAGCGGGGGGUGGCACCAGUGACACCCAGCCCAAAGGUCACCAGGGUUCUGGAGCCACCAAGGCAACAGACCAAACCCCCUCCCAAGACCCCUCCGCCCACGGGCACGCCUCCUUCACGAUUGACUUUGACACGCUGGCACCGGGGAAGGUCACGGGGAAGGAGCGGGGGUCAAAGGGCAGCCAAGAGCACCGGGCGCGGCCGAAGAGGGGGGCGGGGGAGGAGCUGAGUGCCCUGCAGGCUGCCAUGGUAGCGGCGGAGGUGAAGGUUGCUGAUUGGUUGGCCCAGAAUGAGCUGCCACUGGCGAGAUCGGAGUCUGUCGCAGACGAUGACGGAGACAGUGUCAAGAGUGACGUGCCUGUCCAGCUCAAGAGUCUCCGAGGCAGUAGGCAUGAGGAUGGCACACAGAGUGACUCAGAGAACCUCCUGGGUGAACAGUUCGCCCGCCGGGCGCUACUACAGGAGAGGGGAGCUCGCGGGCUACGCUCAGGCAUCGCCAGGGCCGACGGAGCCUUCCCCGCCCGGGACGACCCGUACAACGACAAGCCCAACCACCGGCCCCAGGUGGCCAAGAAGGUUCCACCUGUCGGAGGGGAGGUGAGGGAAGCUGCUGCCGCCAGUUCCUCCUCACACAGACCUCCCAAAUCGGUGCCGUCCUCCACAGGAAACAGGGAACCGCAUGUUGACCCCCGGGAGGGUCCUCAAAGGGGUCGCCAUAGCGACGACCUCAGUGACAGGGGCACAUACACCAUCGAUUUCGAGAAUGGAAGUCGUGAGGUAGAGGAGGCCAGACGGAUGAUUGACAAGGUUUUUGGAGUGGAAGAUAACCAGGCUCUGACUAAGCUCCGCUACCCAGAACACCAGCGGGACCGGGUCAGCAUUUGCCCCAGGCCGGGAGCGGUAGAGAGCAGGAGAGCAGCCGCCCAUAUGGGCUAUGAGGUCGUGCCAGAAGAUUUGGUGGUGGUGGGAGGUCCUCGCUGGGUCUCACAGUGGGCGACUUUAGCUGCCAGUCACGUGAGGACUGAUCCGGAAGGUUCCGGGGCUGAAUCGCAUGUGUAUGUCAGUGAUGAGAAAGCUGAUGUUAGUGAAGUCUCCCAAAGCUCAGCCUCAGUUCCCUCAUCCAGCCAAACUGAGCGCAAGAGGAGGACCCUACCCCAGCCUCCAUCAGAAGAGAUGACCCUGGAUGGCUCCAGGAGCAGGCCAGCAAGGUGGCCUCCCACCUCAGAGAAACAAGACACAGAGACCCAAGAGAAGGAGAGCAAGUUUCAAGGUCCAUCCAGGGCUAGCCACAGGCCUAUAGGAGGUUCCCCGGUAACCAGUGACCAAACAGGGGCAAGAGGCGUCAAGCAAGCCCCAGGCUCGGCCCCAGAGGUAGGCCGUCGGACUGGCCAGCAAGGUGGCGGCUCCCCUUGCAAGUCGGUGGGCAGCGGAGACAGAAAGAGUGCGGACGGGAGGAGAAAAAAAGAGGAGGACAAGGAGAAGUUGGGGAAACCCUUGCUGAGGCAGGAGAGCUUCACUGUGGAGAGAUCCAGCGUCAACGUCCCCCUCCCAUGCAUCGACAGCCACACCUCCGCUGCCUCCACGCAGACCAGAGACCCGUUGGGUGGCAGCAAUGGAGUCGACGCUGCCUCUUUGCUGAGAGACAACGAGGCCGUGGCCGCCUUCCUGGAGACCACGCUGUCAGACCUGGCCGAUCCUCCGAGCUACUCCCUGGAAGGGUCGAUGUCCCCAGAGUCGGACAUUGACACCACUAGCACUGUGAGCCUAGCAGGGGGUGAGGGCGGCCGCAAGGUGGCGCAAAAGAGGCGUCCGGUAGCCGGGCAGCCGAGGGUCGCGGCUGGUGCUGCGAACAAGGGAGGGGUGCAAGACAAGAAGAGGUCUUCUCAGCCGCCGACGGCACCAGGAUCGCGCUUGCGAGCAUGGACAUCGCUUGAGCUGACUGACGACGACCUGAACUCCUCGCUGCUGUCAGACACACAGCCGACUGUGCCUUCACGCGGUCGUGGACAAGCGCAGUCCGGUUCAAAAGCAGAACCGGCUGGUGGCCGGGCCGGCAGAGGGAAAACCGUAGCGGGAUCGGCGUCCGUCAUGCCCUCUUCCUCGCCCGCCUCCAAGCCCGCAGUCGCUCCUCGCCCGAGGCCGACUCGCGCCUCCAUCCUCCGCAGAGCCCGUCUGGGGGAGACUCCAGAGUUGGAUCUGGGGGAUGUAGAUAUGUUGUCCGUGGCAUCGGAGGCCUCCACGGCAAGCUCGGCAUCCAGGCCUUCUGCCGGUAGGAGACAACUCUCCCGAAUCGAAGCCCUGGCCCAGCCAAGAAGGCCCCGUGUCAGCUCGCCGUCGGCACGAAGCGACUCCGAGGCGACCUCCACCCGGACCAGAGGCUUGGCCUCACGGCCGGCCCCGGAGAAUGCUCUGCGCGUGGGCUUUAGGUCUGCUGGCUACCCGUCCACUGUUGCAGGUGCUCCACGGGCCCGGGCCAACAGCGCCUCCAAACUCCCAGAUAAAUCAGCUGUCAGCCCUUACAGCCACAACUCCAAUGCAGCUGGCAACCGCUGGAGACGGAUGCCCAUCGAGUACGCCUCCACCUCAGAGGACGAGUUCGGCUCCAACCGCCACCCCACCAAGAACUCCCGCUCCCGGCCCCUGGCGCCGAGAGUGACUCAGCUCGGAGGCUCCGCCCCCAGCACCCCCAGCCCGAUGGGGAUGACAAGGCCUCACUCCAGAGAGCAAGACGACUACAUGAGGGACUGGACCGCACACAGCGAGGAGAUCGCCAGAAUCAGUCAAGACCUGGCUAAGGACCUGGCAAUGCUAGCUCGCGAGAUUCAUGACGUAGCCGGAGAGAUCGAUUCCGUAAGCCCUUCAUCAGCAGCAGACCCCUCUGCGCUUGACGACCGAGUGUUUCCGGAGAGCCUCGGCAGCGCCCCGGAGAUCAGCACGACCGCCGUGGAUCUCCGCCCGCACGGCAGCAACGGGCAGGACCAACGGGCACUCCGACGCCGCACCUGGAACAGAGACGAGGCGGUCAUGGACGGUCUGCUGCUGGCGUCCGUGUCCCAGCUCUCCACUAGGAUCAGGCAGGGCGUGGAGAAGACAGCGGGCAAAAUCCGGAUCCUGUUUAAGGAUAAGGACAGGAACUGGGAGGAGAUCCAGAGCAAGAUGCAGAUGGAGCUGGAGAUGCCACUGCUCAAGACCUCCAACCAGGAGAUCUCCUCCAUUCUACAAGACCUGAAGCGGAUAGAGAAGCAAUUAGUAGUUAUUGAUGUCAUGGUGGAUCCGGAUGGGACUCUGGAUGCGCUGAGCAGCCUGGGCCUCACCAGCCCUCUGGUCCCGGAGCACAGGGGGGUCAGCACGGGCUCCCAGGCCCCACGCAGGAGCCCUCUCCCUGGGGAGAGCGCAGCCAGCGCCACCCCGGCCACCGUGGCUCCUUCCGUGGUGGCGGAGCGUGACGCGGGCCUCGACGUGAACAGCAAUGCGGCCGGCGGGCAACAAAACUCUGUCUCUCUCCAAUGAAGGAGGCCGUUUGUUUUCACUCGGACCAUUAGCUCGGACGUUAGCCUGUACGUGCUUGUUCAGUGCAACUAAUAUACUGCUUGGACUCUAUUAGCUAGCUAAUGAAAUGUGGAUGAUGAACAGACAACAGACAGCAAACUAUUGGAUAUAUUUGUUGUGCAAUCGAAUGGCCCAUUUAGCAGUGCUAGGUUGACCCUGACCCUGAAAGUAGCCCCAAACAUAUUUUCAAAAUGUUAUAAAAUAUUUUAGAAUAUACCUUCCGUGCCACUACCUAAAUAUUAAACUACAUAUUACUUUAUAGAGGUAUUUGAUAUUACCCUGUUACCCCUGUAACCAACUCCGUCCCCAUAGCUGUGACUGGGAUUUACAGUAGAUGAAAUACGCCAUUGGCUAGAAACAGGAUGUGUGUUUUCAAAAGUAGAACGAAAAGCUUGUAUUUUUUUCCCCAAAGCCUGAUUAUUAUUAGAGAGCUAAGCUGAUUAUAUAAGAGAGAUAUGUUUCAACACUGUACUUGUUUACAAACGUCUUGCUCCCGUGAGGCUAGCUGUUGUUGCAAGCUGAGGAGCUUGCGAUGUCCCUGAUCAGCCUUUAUCUGCCAGCCCCUGUGAGGGGAAUUAGACUUUAAUUAAACCGACAUACAUGUGAGGUGAUACAUACAGGUGAGGUGAUACACACAGGUGAGGUGAUACAUACAGGUGAGGUGAUAUACUGUCCACAGCGUGGCGCUUGAGGGGUCUUUUACCUUAAUGUGCGACUUAGAGGAAACUGAAGGAUAGUAGGAUUUCCCCAAACAAGUGGAUGCUUCGGACCAUUUCUGUGCGCUUAUACGAGCUCAGAUGGUUGAGAGCCAGUCCCUGUUCCAGAGUAUGUGACUUAUUUAUCCAAAGUUAAGUGUGCAUUGUGCUCUGUUCCAAAGUAAGGCUUUUUUUCUGUUUAUGCAAUGUUUGAGUGUUGUAGGUCUGACUGUUGCACUGACAUAGUGUCUCCAAAACAGCUUGAUAUGUGGAAUGGUUAACCUUUCAGACAUUCACUGAAGAUUAAUAUAUAUAUAUAUUUAUACAAUCAGUGGAGUGCAACAUUUAGUGAUCGCAACACUGGCAAGUACAUUGUAGUUCGAAGUGAUGUUAUGGGGAAUAACAUCACAACAGUGUCUCUUGUUCAGUUGAGACAGGAGCUUUGUUAUGCUGUACAUAACAUACAGUAACUUGUAGCAGAUGAAGUUAGCGUGUUACUCGUUUUUUUACAGUUUAUUUUGGUCUCACCUGACAAGGUCAUGAUGCAUUUACCCUGCGACAUAAUUUACCCUACGACAUAAUUUACCCUAUGACAAAGCCGAUCAGAGCCCUACUGCUUUCCCAUAGGUGAAUCAGUGCCCCGUACUGAACCUUCCCACAUAUUUAGUAGCUAUGUAAAAUAAUAGACAAGAAUAGUCAUACUGUAUGUUAUUGUGCGGACCUAGUGAGAAGUAGAACAUAAAGAUAGGCGAGAGAGAAGUGAAAGAAUGAAGGAGAAGAAUGGUGUGUUCGUGAUAGAUGUGUUGCGUCACCAAGUGCCCAUUAUUCCAAUCAUCUAGACUGACGACGCCUCGUCACAUGCCGUUUUUGCACAUUGCGAGCAUUCACAUAGCCCACUUGCAUCAUCGUCAUCACAACACACAUUCAAAUACCACUACGUGUGCUGUAACACUAAGACCUAAACUACUGUCCGAAGACAUCGUGUCCAAUGGAAUGUGUUGGCAUGCAGCCAGUGUUUAAAGGAUUUUUAUUUAUUUUUUCCAAUUUGAUUGAUCAAGACUACGGAACAUCCUGAAAACCAAUGACUGAUUGAAGUGUUAAUUAGACAAAUAACGAGCAAAAGAGACAGCAAACACAGGGGUGCAUGUCAGCCUGUUCCAGGAAGCAUAGUCUGGCAUGGUUACCGAAGAGGAAGCGCUACAGUUGAUGGCCGACACUUAUCUACUAGCCUGACCUCUGCCUCGUACCAAUGGCGUUUACACAUGAAUGUAACUUGAUUGCAAUUAUCAGUGUUACUCUGCAUAAACAACAAUACUUUAUUAAAGAAUUUUCAUAUCUA